CCACCCAUGCCUGAGCUUUACAGUGAAGGCAAAGAAGAACAUGAAGUCAAAGGCAUACUGAACAGCCACCUUGUGAAUAGUGCACUUCAGUACUUAGUCAGCUGGAAAGGGUACUUGCCAGUGCACAACUCAUGGGAGCUGGUUGCAAAUCUGGCAAAUGCAAUGUGA